AUGGCGUCGUUGCCGUCUCCAACACAGGUGGCUGGUAAUCAUAACUCAGUUUACGAGGCAUACUUCAGUCAGGUUGAACACUCCAGUGAUGGAACCAUAGGAGCCUUACAAGCUGCAAAAUUCUUGAAAAAGUCUGGUUUAUCAGAUGUUGUUUUAAGCAGAGUCUGGAGUCUUGCUGAUCCAGCUGGAAAAGGAUUUCUCAACAAAGAUGGUUUCUUUGUUGCACUGAAACUUGUUGCAUUGGCUCAAUCUGGAAUUGACGUAAAUAUGGUGAACAUUACGAUGGAUACACCACCACCAAAAAUGGGGGAUAUUCUACCUGCAAGUACAAUUCACAAUAACCUUAUGUCACCACCGAUCAUGAACAGCUCUGUAUCACUUAGUGACUGGGCAGUAAAACCAGCGGAAAAGGCAAAAUAUGAUAAAUUAUUUGAUUCAUUACAACCUCUAAAUGGAAUGAUCCCUGGAAAUAAGGUUAAAGGUGUUUUAAUGGAUUCAAAGUUGCCACUGGAAACACUGGGAAAAAUAUGGGAUCUUGCAGAUAUGGAUAAAGAUGGAAUGCUGGACAGGCACGAGUUUAUGGUGGCAAUGCAUUUAGUAUACAAAGCAUUAGAAAAGUAUACAAUUCCAAGCUCCUUACCACCAGAACUAAUGCCACCAUCGAAACGGAAAGAUAUGAUGCCAGCUGUCAGUAUGUCUAAUGUGCCUAAUCUUGGAACAGGAGGAGAUUCGAAGAGUAUUCUUCCAGGGGCUCCUUCAGUGCCUUGGGUUGUCACUGUAGAAGAGAAAACUAAAUAUGAUACCUUGUUCGAGCAAACAGAUAUUGACAAGGAUGGUUUUGUGUCCGGGUUGGAAAUAAAAGACGUCUUCCUACAGUCGGGUGUACCUCAGCCUGUUCUGGCACAUAUUUGGUCACUUUGUGAUAUAAAGCAGUGUGGCAAGUUGAACAGUGAACAGUUUGCUUUGGCCAUGUGGCUGAUCAAUCAGAAAUUACAAGGUAUAAGCCCACCAGCAACUCUCACUCCAGAAAUGAUACCACCAUGUUUUCGGACAAAACAGCCUGUUGAUGGAUUAGUAGAGAACAAUAAUGCGCCUUAUUCAAAUCCUGAACUUGACAUGAUAACCAAAGAUAUAGAGGAACUCGCCAAAGAAAAACAUAUCCUCGAGACUGAUAUAGCACAAAAGGAAGCAGACAUUAAAAUUAAAAAUGGUGAAAUUAAAAGUCUUCAGAGUGAGCUGGAUACUUUAGCUGCCACAUUAAAACAGUUGGAAAACCAGAAAGGUGAAGCACAAAAGAGGCUUAAUGAUUUAAAGAGCCAGAAAACAUCUGUAGAGAAAGAACUUAAUGACAUCAAGCAGGCAUUGGAAGAAGAGCAAGCCCAGGUUGAUAACUUGAGACGUCAAGCAGAUGAGCAGGAAAUGAGCCUCAAAGCGCAAGAAGAAGAACUGAAUUCAAAGAAGCAGGAACUGGAAGGUCUGAAACAGGAAGAAGCAAGAUUAGAGCAGCAACAAAAGGAUUCUAGGAAUCAGCUUGACAAUCUGACAAAAAAUUUGCAAGAUACACAACUACAAAUUAGCCAGGUAAAAGCAAAGAUUACUCAUCUCCAAGAGCAGCAUCGACAAAUGAAUGAUGCAAUUGCGAUGUAUGAUACAGCUAUAACAGCAGGAGAUACUUCUACUGUUGUGGACACUUCACUGAAUAUUAAACCUGAAUUCAGAGAUCCUGAGUACUUAAGAAUUUGUGGUGGAAAUGACAACAGUCCUGUUGAACAGAAUAAGGCAUUAACAAAUAACAAUGAUCCUUUUGGUGGGAUGAAUGAACAUUCUGAAAAUAUUGGAGGAUUUGAUGGAGAAGAUCUUUUCAGCAAUGAUCCAUUCAAGAGCACAAAGCCAGUUCCUGCAGUUGAUCCUUUCAGCUCAAGUGAUCCGUUUAGUUCUGCCUUCCCUUCAAAACCAGCAGAUAUAUCAGUAACAGAUCCAUUUACCUCCUUUGGAACGCCAGCUACAAGUGCCAAGAAUGAUCCGUUUGAUCCAUUCGGGGAUGGGACAAACCGAAAUUCAAGCAAGUCGCCAGUGGAUAUGUCGGGCAAGGAUCCAUUUGGUUGCGAUCCAUUUGCACUGCAGCCGUCUCCGAGUGGGCCACCACCUCGCCCUGAAAGCCCGAGUCCUGCUCUUCCUCCGAAGAAGAGUAAACAGCCUCCUCCUCGGCCAGCACCGCCACGGCCGGUGCAACAGCCAGGUGGCCGCGCAGCACCCGUUCCCCCCACACCUAGCCCUGACCCUGGCCGUGACCCUUUCUCUUCACCUGACCCAUUUGCUGUACCAAACCCGUCUUCUGGAUCAUUUGCAAAUUUUGCAGACUUUGAUGCUAAGUUUCUUGGUGCAGCAGAAGGUACACCAGUUCAUUCCGUUAAGGGUGUGGGGAAGGUGUCAAAGAAGGAGUCCAGUACAACCAAAGAUUCUACAUCAUCAUCAUCGUCACAGAACCGUUAUGCUGCUUUGGAAUUCACGGAAGAUCCGUUCAGGAAUUACAGAUAUGAAGAUCCCUUCAAUAUUUCAGACCCAUUUGAAGACAGUACACCAAAUGGAAUGCCUUCAGUAUCAGAGAAAAAGCUCGAUCCUUUUGGACUAGAAGCAGAUGCAUUAUUUGUGAAAGAUGCAGGUAGCACAUUGAGUACUGUGAAUGGCAGUAACUGUGCAGUAGAUAAUAUUCAUGGGCCAAAGCUUGCAAGUGUUCCUCCUGAGGACCAGCAGUUGGCUUGGGCAGCUGCAGAAAGUCUGAAGUUGGAGAAUGAACGCCGAAAAAGAAUAGAGCAAGAGCAAGCUGAUUUGGAAUAUGCUCUUGCACUUAGUCGAGGAGACAAAGCAAAACCAAAAAAAGUGCUGUGAGAUGAUGUGAAAAUUUUUAUCAGGUGUUAGAACAUUAAAUCUGUUGGUAGUGUUGGAUGUAGAAUAAGAGAAUUGUACAAUACAUUUGCAUGGUUACAUAUGAUUCCUUAUGCUUGUGUUGAUUUCUGUGCUUUUGGAUAUAUCUUAUUACAAAUAAUAUGUGUAAUUGACUGGCAUACUAUUUCUCGACGAGUGCAUGUGUGUAUUGUGCCUUCUUCCUGAUCAUGUAAUUUAUUGUCAAUUUACUGUAUGUAUGGUAUUAUGGAAACAUGGACAGUACUAUUAAAGUGAUAAUAUUGAAACAGUUACUUGCAAGUGUGAUUAGUUGCAAUUAAAUGCUCUUUAAGUUUUGUUAUAAUGAAAGGAUGUGCACUAUAUUUUUUUAUUUGAAGUUGCAUACCAUAACAUAUUGUUUAAUGAAGCACUGUCUAAAUACUGUGUAUUGUUGUAAGACUUUAGCUGUGUAUAUAUAAAUAAUGUGAAGUGCCAUUGAGGGAAACACUUUGUUGUUUUGUUAGACUGUCGUUAUCAUAUACCUUUUUCUACUCUCAAUGUUGUAUUGGGUGCUUCAUUUAUGAGCAUUAGGUACUUGGUUACGUGAGAUGUGCAGUAUUUAAAAAGUUCUGGUGUUAUUUGAGAUGCACUUAAUGAAUAGGUCUUCUUUAAAAAGAAAAAGUAGUAAAGUGUUAAUCCUGUAUAUAUUGAAACUGUACACUUAAUUCAAGUCAUGUAUAUAAAUAUUAUAACAGGUUGAGUCUGUAUUAGAUUGUGCAUACCUAUAUUAUGACUUAGUCUGUGAGUGGUGUUGAGCUGACUGAGGUGAUUUUUUUAUCCCAAUAGCAAGAAUGAUGAAACCAUGAGGAGGUGCAUGAAUAUUGUUUUCUCUCUGUGAUACGUUUUUCAUUAAAAUUAGUUGCUUUCUUAAAAUUCAAAGUUAUGUUAAAGAAUUUGAAAGUAAAAUGUAACAUAAAUUGUUGGUUGUGUGUUAAUGAAAACACAACUACAUUUGGAUGUAGUAACAUAUAUGUUUGUAAAGAAUGAAUGGUAGCUGCAGCAAAAAAAGUAUUAUUUAGCUGCGGUGUAAUAUGUGAUAUUAUGCAUAGAUUGUAAGACACAUGAAACAUAUUUCAUUGUUACUGCAAAGCAACCAGGUAGAAAGUUGAUUUGUUAUUUGUUUUUAGUUUGAGAAUUGAGAAGUAGGUUGGAUUUGAGUGUGAAAUGCUGUACAUGUCAUUUUGUGUACAAUGCAAGCCUACUUCCUUGUUAAUUAUGUUGUUCAAGCUUGUAAAAUAUUGUGGGCAACAGUAAAAUGCCUCACCUAAAUACAGCUACGAGGAGCCUCCAUAUAACUAAACUUGUUACUGAAUUGUAAAAUAUACUUGUAAGUACAAAUACUGCUUAUUUAAGUUACUUUACUAAAGUACAGAAUUUAAUUAUUAAAAUAAUUAUUUGCUUUACCUUGAAUUCACAAACGUUAGUUAAUACUACAUGGUGCAUUCUCUCUCUCUCUCUCUCUCUCUCUCUCUCUCUCUCUCUGUCUGUCUGUCAAAAACACACACACACACACACACACAUACUGGUAAGUGUUCUUAAAAAAGCAUAGAUAAAAUUGUUAGUAUAUCUACAAAUUUUGAAAACAAUUCAUGCAUUGUAUUUGACCUGCUUCCCCUCCCUGCCUGCUGAAUGGCACUGUAGAUUAGUCUUGAGAAAGAUACCACAACAGACAAAUAGUUAUUCUGUCAUUGGUAAUUCACAGAUGUUAACUACACACAAAAUAAAUACUAGUUUAAACAGCGACUUGCAUGUCAUUGCUGCAGUGCUUGUCUUACAGCAGUGCUGUUUAAUUAUAAACACAGUUUUCUUCAAAAAAAAAAUUGUCAUUUGCGGAGAUAUUUUUCUAGCAUAAAUGUUUUUGCUGAACUGCGGAAGUGUGUAAUUCACCAUCUUCUUCUUUUCACCCAUCGUUUACACAAGGCUAAAUACAUAUGAAAUGUGUUGCAUUUUGACAUCCAGCCUUGAAUGCAGAUGUCUGCUUGACAGUUGUUAACCCUUUGUGUCUUCCUUUCCUUCCUUCCUUCCUUCUUUCCUUCCAUGUCUUUUAUUUCAUUCAGGUGAUUAACUAAAUCUUUUAUAGUGAGGUGUUCUCAAGAGAAAGAACAUGAUAAGUUAAAUCCAAUCACUAGUACACAAAAUUCUCUUUCCCUCCCCCUACUGCUCCCCCCUCUCCGCCCUCAGAAUACACAUGUGGAUGAAUCACUCUUGCAAAUUAUAAGAUUACAUUUAAAUUUAUGGUAAGAAUAAUUGUUGUAAUGUCCAUUGGUUACCAGAAUACCACAAAGUACUUCCAAAUUGUUUGACAUCUUUAUACUGAACAACUACCUGUUUCUGUUAUUGGUACUAGUACUCACUCAGUGGAUUGUUCUUGUUUCUUACCUGAUUUAUUCAGUCGUCAUAUUUCUAUAUACUGUUUGAUAAACAGCCCUGCGGCAUGCUACAUAUGAAAGUGCCAGUUCUAUAUGUACUUAAGACUCUGUGACUUUACUGCAUUGUGUAUGAAGUUUGUUCAUGUGAGAGAAUUUCUGGUGAAAUGGAAAGGGUACUACUAUUUAAUGUCUUCCAGGAGCCAUUUUUUUCCUCUUUUAAUAUACAAACAAAAGUGUGUAAUCGCAGUACUACUGAGGUAAUAAUGCUAUACUCACAUUUCCACUGUAUCAGAAGCACGGUGAAAAUGUGCAAUGAACAUCAUUUCCAUCCUGUUGAGGUAUGUGUUGGGAUUGGUACAGAUUUAUAUAAAAUUUUAUUUUCUGCUAAAAUGGUGUUUAAUUCAGCUUUGCUUUUAUUAGUAUGUGCUAAAAGAUUUCAUCCCCUGCACAUUAAAAAUUUCAUUUAGUUGGAGAUGAGAUCUUUGCUUUGUUUAAAUAUAACAUUUGCACAAAGGAAAGGAGUAAGAUAAAAUAUUACAAUAGUAGCCCUUUUUUAACCUUUAGCCAUGGUUUGUGCUGCACUAUUGUAGUUUUUCUACAUAUUCAAAUUAUCUAGAAUUUACAAGGAGAUGAGUGUAUUUUUUGUGUUUUGGGACUACAGUUUUCUGAUUCAACAACUGCAUGUUUUAUUUUUAAAACUGAACACAGGCAGUGUCAAUUUAGUUUGUCACUCACUGAUGCCAGGGAGCAUAAAUGUCCCAAUAAGUAAAUUAGUUGGUUCUUGUUUGGUAACCUUAACUAAUCCUGCUGUAAUCUCACUUUGGUGAUGCAAUGCUCUGUUUUUAUAAACCUCAUCUGAGUAAGAUGAAUGUAAAAUUUGCAGUGUGCUUGGUUUUUCUGAGACUUAAAUGACAUGGUGACCAUUAUUUAUAUUUCUGAAUGAGGUGGCCCGCACUAAUGGACACUCAAAUUUGUGCAUUCAUGUCUGUCUCAUUAAGUUGUCUCCGAUGCCAUCACUUACAUUAACUGGAAUGCUUUCAGUCAAAAGCAACAAAUGCUUCUUUCAUGUGUUUUUAGUAUGUGCUGUUUCCAUGAGGUUACCAGUUCUUUAAUUUUUGUGGUUUCAGGAGAAGCAACUGAAGUUUAUAAGUAUGUUGAUCCCUUGCCAAAUAUUGUUGCAAUAUAAUGAAUAACAAAAUUUAUUUACCACAGUAUUCAUGGAAAGUAAAAGUGAGGUUUGUUCUUGGGUCUGUAGUAAUAUGGUGUGAUCACUGUGCCUCGAACUUCUGUGUGUGUGUGUGUGUGUGUGUGUGUGUGUGUGUGUGUGUGUGUGUGUGUGUGUGUGUGUGUGUGAAUGGAGUGGGGGGGGGGGGGGGGGGAGUGUACUGGUUUCUUGUGAGAAUGAAGUUUCUUAAAUUUUGUGGAAUUUGUUGAGAAAGUUAAGUGUUGGAAGGUUGGGGAGAAGUAACAGUGGUACUUGAAAUUGCAAGUUUUUUGUUUAUAGAAGAGACAAGGUGUUUGAUCAUACUCUCUAUUUAAAAAGUCUGGAAGUUGGCUCUACUUGUAUAAUCAGUACAGUAUAAUGAGUAAAGUAAUUCAUAUCCAGUGGAAUGCAGUGUUUCUUGUAAGUCUUAUGUUGUAUGUUUCUCUUUUCCGAUUAAAAAGUCUCUGCCAUGUAUUACGUGAAAUCCAGAUUUUUAAAAAAAAGUUUUAUAUUCAGUAUGUUUCCAGACUACAGCAGUCUGUAAAGUAAAUUCAUUUGUUGUGUGGAAGGUAUCACAUGUAGGCAUUAUUAAUGUUCUGAGUAGGUCACAGAGGAUUCUUGCAGCCAUUAGCAAGUAGGUUCAACCACAUUUGGUGUAAAUAAUGCACAUAAUUAAAUCUUCACAUACUAUGUAUAGUAUAGUAAUGGUGAUGUAAUAUUACUUCAGAAUUUUAGUAAAUUAUGCUAAUUUCCAAAAACCUCAACCACUGGUUACCAUAAAAAGCGCAAUAUUUCAGUUAAGUUUAUGAAUCUGAUGCAAAGUAUGUAACAUAACAAAACAUAUUGUUUGAAAUACGUUGUUAAAUCUUGAAUAUAAAAUUCUCUGCAGCUACAUAGUGAAAAGAUCAGAGAACUCUCAUGAAAAUCAUUGUUUCUUAUGCACUUUGUACUAUUUUCAUUUCUACUUUUGGACAUAAAGACUUGGUGUUACCUUUCCAAAGUGUGUGAUGCUAAGAAUACAAAUGAAAAAAGUUUUGAUACUCCGCCCAAAAUUUCAUGAAUAUUUAAAUUUUUGAAUUACAUAUGACACAGCAGAUACAACUUGAGACAUAGAAUUUACUCUCGUGACAGUAUAGUACACUUAUUAACUUGUUUCACUCAUUCUUGUCUUUGGUGUACGAAAUGAUGAUUGUGCAGUGACAACAAGUGAAGUGUGUUUUUCGGGUCAGUAAAGUAACAAUUGUAAAACAAAUCAUAUAAUUAACAUUAAGUAAUUUGGUGAUGAUGUCAUGUAUACUGAAGUAGUAUCACUAUAAAGUGGAGACACUUCAAAGAAAUAAAGUGUGAAAAGCCUAAACUGGGUUUUGCAAUAAUUAGGAAGUAGGUUUAUAUUCCAUUUUGAACAACACUGUACCCAUGCAUUAUCUAUCCAUAUACGUGUAUAUAUAAAUUUGGAGUUCCUACAGUGUUGCUUGCCCAGUAAAAUGUAGUCAGAAUGUAAAUACCUGUAAAUUAUUCAUUAUAAUCCAAAUAUACCUGGUUGAUCUAGUGCCUAACUGCAACUGCUUAUACCAUAUAAUGUUUUAUUAAGUAUGUGACCUCAAAAAAUAGCCAUCUGCGACAAUGAAAAAGUUAAAUUCCACUUUUUUUAAAUAAUCCGUUUCUUACACUGUGGAAAUUAAUAUUCUGUAUGUCUUACUCAGUUUUUCUACUAUAAUAUUUUAACCUCCCCCCCCCCCUCUC